UUAGGGUUAGCUAGUUAAUCCGUAGGAGCCCGAGAGCGCGCUGCAGUUCUAGUCGGUGUGAAAUUAUUCUAAUAAUCAAAAUGAGGGAAAUCGUCCAUUUGCAGGCUGGCCAAUGUGGUAACCAAAUUGGAGCGAAGUUUUGGGAGGUGAUCAGCGACGAACAUGGCAUCGAUCCUACAGGGACAUACCACGGGGACAGCGACCUCCAGCUAGAGAGAAUUAACGUGUAUUACAAUGAAGCAACAGGUGGCAAAUAUGUUCCCCGUGCUGUGCUUGUGGACUUGGAACCUGGCACCAUGGACUCUGUGCGCUCCGGGCCCUUUGGACAGAUCUUCAGACCAGACAACUUUGUCUUUGGCCAGAGUGGUGCUGGAAACAACUGGGCCAAGGGCCACUACACUGAGGGGGCUGAGCUUGUGGACUCUGUGCUCGAUGUGGUGAGGAAGGAGGCAGAAAGCUGCGACUGCCUGCAGGGCUUCCAGCUCACCCACUCCCUGGGUGGGGGCACUGGCUCUGGCAUGGGCACCCUGCUCAUCAGCAAGAUCCGCGAGGAGUACCCCGACCGCAUCAUGAACACCUUCAGUGUUGUACCCUCUCCCAAGGUAUCAGACACGGUGGUGGAGCCCUACAACGCCACCCUCUCCGUGCACCAAUUGGUGGAGAACACGGACGAGACGUACUGCAUCGACAACGAGGCGCUGUACGACAUCUGCUUCCGCACUCUGAAGCUGACUACGCCCACCUAUGGUGACCUCAACCACCUGGUGUCGGCCACCAUGAGCGGCGUCACCACCUGCCUGCGCUUCCCUGGACAGCUAAACGCCGACCUCCGCAAGCUGGCGGUCAACAUGGUGCCCUUCCCCCGCCUUCACUUCUUCAUGCCAGGCUUCGCCCCGCUCACCAGCCGCGGAAGCCAGCAGUACAGAGCUCUGACGGUUCCUGAGCUCACGCAGCAGAUGUUCGACGCCAAGAACAUGAUGGCAGCGUGUGACCCGCGCCAUGGUCGCUACUUGACCGUGGCAGCCAUCUUCCGCGGUCGCAUGUCCAUGAAGGAGGUGGAUGAGCAGAUGCUUAAUGUGCAGAACAAGAACAGCAGCUACUUUGUUGAAUGGAUCCCCAACAACGUGAAGACCGCCGUUUGCGACAUCCCGCCACGCGGCCUCAAGAUGGCUGCCACCUUCAUCGGCAACAGCACAGCCAUCCAGGAGUUGUUCAAGCGCAUCUCUGAGCAGUUCACCGCCAUGUUCCGCCGAAAGGCUUUCCUCCACUGGUACACAGGUGAGGGUAUGGAUGAGAUGGAGUUCACGGAGGCGGAGAGCAACAUGAACGACCUGGUGUCUGAGUACCAGCAGUACCAGGAUGCCACCGCAGAGGAGGAAGGGGAGUUUGAGGAGGAGGAGGAAGAGGUGGCAUAGAGGGUCCUCCCUGUCUUCAUGUUCUGCUGGCCACUUUUCCCUCUCCCUUGUUUGGCACUGUUCAUUGAUGAUGACUCAAAUGUUUAACCCCAUCUUUUGGUUCAAUCUGAUGCAAUUUUCUUAUUUUAAACGACAGUCCUGCUUUUAUCGUUCUGCGUUCGACUCCUGACGUUUUUUUGUAUCUGCAUAGUUUUUAAUGCUGGUAUGCCUUGUUUAAUUGAUCAAACUUAUUUUUUUUCCUUUAAAUUAACUGGACAAAAGAUGUAGCACCAUGCCACUUUCAAAGUGUAUCUUAUGGACUAUUCUCCAAGUCUGUUUUGGUUGUAAAUGUUUGUAGAGGAGGUUUUGAACUGACUCGAGAUGCAGCCUUAUCUAUAAGGAUGUUACCCUUGUUAAAUAAACCGGUUAAAAUACUGAUUGGAUGAUUUGAGAACCCAAAAUCGUGGUAAAUCUUGAAGUUUGUGGCUAUUGGAUAAGUCUGGAAACUGGGUGUUCAAGAUCAUGAGGAUGAGGAAAUGGCCUCGCUCUAAUGUGAUCACAUCUUCCAAAUGCUACUCCAAUUAACCCCACUGGACUGGGGUAAUUUAGAUCCUAGAUCACAAAAGGUGUGUCUCAAAAUGAUAACGCAAUCAUUAUCCAACAUGAUCUUGCUUUAACCAUCGUCAUCAAAUAAACAGGCAUGGUCUGUCAUCUAAUCUAAAUGCAAACCAAAAAGCGUUGACCUUGUCUGGGCCUGAUAACACCCAGCGGUUCCUCCAGUAGGGGGAGCUAAGCGGUCUAAUGACAACAUGGAAGAACAAAUGUAUCGCUGAAAACAGGCAAUGGCCACAAUCUUCUAUAUUAAUUGCAUAUAUUUUUUUGAUGCUCAUUACAAAAAAGUGAUCUGCGAUAAUUAAAAUAUCUUAACAUAACUUUGUAGUUGCAGUCUGUAGAGUGGGCAAGGUAUCCACACAUUGAAGUUCUAAAACCGUAUUUUGCGGGGUUUCAGGGAAGAAUUACGAGUUUGUUAACUUUC